GGACGCAUGAAAACAACAUUAUUGAUUAAAAAACAUAUAUAGUGGAAAAGAAUUGAAACGAGAAAGGGAAGGAAACAAUCUGAAAGCAGCGUCCCAUCUCUCUUCUUGAUCGACACAGAUACGUACGUACGCAUGUUCUGAUAGAUUCAGACAAGAGAACCGAACCGAGAACUCGACCCUUAAGAGUUGAAAAGAAACAUCAAAGUCUUUCUCAAGAUGCUCUCAUUUUCUUUUGCUUUACGUACAUGUAAUCUACGUAUUCUUCAGCUCUACCGUCUCUUUCUCUUUCUCUCUCUCCUUCUCUCUCUCUCUCUUGAACUUCGGUAGUUGAAAUACUGCUGUUGAGUAUUUCAGAAAUCUUACCCUCAAAAUCAAUUAACUUCAUACAUUCCUCUAUAUCUAUCAUCUUCAACCACAACAAUCUUUUCUGUUUCGUUGGAAGCAACUAACUUACGAAGGAUUCACCACUACUAAAGACAUACCAGAAGCUUUCUUCUCAUGGUCUCUCGCAUCUACAAAGCAUAGGAAAAGCCAACCACAACCUAAAAGCUAUGCAUUUUCCACUUGUUUCAGCUUGGAACAAGAGAAGGAGAAGCAAAUCUUAUGAUACGGAUCCAUGUACGUUCCUUUUCUCCAUCAUCUUCGCCAGAUGGCAUAAAAGGAUCUACAGAACAGCAGAGUGCUGGCAAAUCGAAGAUCAGGCGUCUCAGCCAAGGAAACGAAGAUACGGGUCAUCAGUUUAUACCCUCAAGGAAAUGGAGGAGGCCACAAGUUCCUUCAGUGAUGAGAAUCUACUCGGUAAAGGAGGCUUUGGCCGAGUUUACAAAGGCACUUUAAAAACAGGAGAGGUUGUUGCAAUCAAGAAAAUGGAUUUACCUCCUUUUAAAAAGGCUGACGGAGAGAGAGAAUUUCGUGUGGAGGUGGAUAUCUUGAGCAGACUUGACCAUCCAAAUCUGGUCGCUUUGAUCGGCUAUUGUGCAGAUGGAAAACACCGGUUCCUAGUAUAUGAAUAUAUGCAAAAUGGAAACCUGCAAGAUCAUUUGAAUGGAAUUAAAGAAGCCAAAAUAAGCUGGCCAAUAAGGCUCAGGAUUGCACUUGGGGCAGCAAAAGGACUAGCCUAUCUCCAUUCAAGUUCUUCUGUUGGGAUUCCAAUUGUUCACAGAGAUUUCAAAUCCACCAACGUGCUACUAGACUCCAACUUUAAUGCAAAGAUAUCCGACUUUGGACUAGCAAAGUUGAUGCCAGAAGGGAAGGAUACUUGUGUGACAGCAAGAGUUCUAGGAACAUUCGGCUAUUUCGACCCAGAAUAUACAUCGACAGGUAAACUUACUCUACAAAGCGACAUUUAUGCAUUUGGGGUUGUACUGCUAGAACUACUUACUGGACGCAGAGCAGUUGACUUAACUCAGGGCCCAAAUGAACAGAACCUGGUGCUACAGGUUAGAAAUAUACUGAAUGACAGAAAGAAAUUGCGAAAAGUUAUAGAUGCAGAGCUGCCUAGGAAUUCAUACAGCAUGGAAGCUAUAGCUAUGUUUGCUGAUCUGGCGUCACGGUGCAUCCGUAUAGAGAGUAAAGAGCGACCAUCAGUGAUGGAUUGUGUUAAGGAACUGCAACUAAUAAUCUAUACAAACUCGAAGGGUGGUUUGGGUGGGACGAUUCCUACAUUCAGAAAGCUCUAGACACCAAAUUCUUUGAAACCAGUAAUAUGGAUUACUAUCAUUUUUCCUAAAAUGAGAGGCCACUGAUGAAACUUGAUAACAUAAAACAAAGCAAUCUUUAAUUAUAUAUGUGGGAAAAUUUGAAUUCAACUUCCAACUGCUAAACGAUAUUAUUUGGAUGUGUAUAUGUAUAAUACUAUAGAGGCACAAAGCAUAUUGGAUCAAACAAUACAUAUAUUUGUAUGGUAUGGUGUAUUUGUCAUUUAUGUUUUGCUUGAAGAGAAAUGAGUAUAUAAAUAAACAGGUGUAGCCUUUUCUGUUUA